AUUGGCUGCUAAAGAUAACCGUACCUCCGGUUAUUUCGUGAUUGGUCGAGGGUGACUUGUACAUUACGUUAUGCCUAUUCUACAAGUACACAGGGAGCUUCUGAAAAGGAAGACGUAAUGGUAUGAUUCCUUGUGUCCUUGCAAUGGUCAUCAUUCUAAUAUUAUACGACAAAUUCCACAACCGGGAGUCAGAAUGAAGGGUUGCAAACUCUGAUUUUACGGAGACAUGUAUAAGACGUGCAUGCUUUGUGUGUUUGUUUCAUAGGCGGGGGCAUCGUCCAUGUGGGCGUCAUGCUGUGGGCUGCUGAACGAGGUGAUGGGCACAGGGACGGUGCGCGGGCAGCAGCCAGGAUUUGGGGCCGGGACGGGGCCCUUCCGCUUUGCCCCCAGCGCCGGCUACUCCACAUAUCCCCCCACCAGCUCAGGGAGUGCAGGUCAGCUCUGCAAGGCCUGUGGACUGGCCUUCUCUGUCUUCAGGCGCAAGCACAUAUGCUCGGACUGUAAGAAAAGUUUCUGCGCCCUGUGCUCGGUGCUGCAAGAGAGCCUCCGCUGCUGCACCACCUGCCACCUCCUGCGCGGAACGGCCUUCCAGAGACCACAGCUCAUGGCCCUGCGUGUUAAGGACCUACGCCAGUACCUGCUGCUGCGCAACAUCCCUACAGACACCUGCAGGGAGAAGGAAGACCUGGUGGACCUGGUGCUCUGCCACCAGGAAGCUGGAGAAAACACCUUGACACAAGGAGGUGUAGAGGAAGAUGAGGAAGAGGAGGAUGAGGAAGAAGAAGAAGAUGAGGAGGAUGCAGACACAGACAGCCUGCACUCGCUCCCUCACUCCCUCCACGCCUCGCCCCCCUCAGCCGCACACCGCUCCGCUUCGGAGCAGUCGUCUCUCUCCACCUCGGAGCAGUCGUCUCUCUCCGCCUCUCAAGGAGACUCUCCUCUCAGCCGGAGUGACAGCUCAGGGACCGCUCAGAGCCAGGAGCAUGGGGGAGCUCCGAGCAUCCCACUCCUUCACCUGGAACCUGCCAGUGAACCUAUCAUAGAGGUCAGUCCAGUGAUACAGAGGAGGAUACGGGCCUCUCUAUCUGACCUGGACAACGAAGGGGACAUUGAGAGCCUGUCUGUCCGGCAGCUCAAAGAGAUUCUGGCCCGUAACUUUGUCAACUACUCUGGCUGCUGUGAGAAGUGGGAGCUGAUAGAGCGGGUGCAUCGGCUCUACAGGGAGAACGAACAGAACAGGAAGUCCAUGGAAAAUGUCAGCAACAUCAACAGCAUGUCUGCAGUGGUGUCAUAUCCUCCGCCUAUCUGCAAUGGUGAGGUGGAAGACAGUGUAAAGGCUCAGCUGGCCUCUGAUGACCACCUAUGUCGCAUCUGCAUGGACGCUGUGAUCGACUGUGUGCUGCUAGAGUGCGGUCACAUGGUCACCUGUACCAAAUGUGGGAUGAGGAUGAGCGAGUGCCCCAUCUGCAGGCAGUAUGUGGUGCGGGCCGUGCACGUCUUCAAGUCUUAACUCUGCCUUGAGCGUGCAUGUCAGCCAAGGACAUUGAAGCUGUGACGUAGUGUGUGCAUAUGCUUGAAAACCUGAGGGAGUGUGAAUGGUUUUGCAAGUUUCCAAGGACGUAAUGCUGCAGCAGAUGUGCACAUCCUCCAGUUCAAAUGACAUGCAGAGCAGACAGCUUCACACAGCCUGACUUUUACUACAGCUACUAGAACUUCAAGAGCCCCACAGGAAACUGCUCUGUCGUGUCUGGACCUCCCCUGGCUCCGGGACACUGACUAACCUUCUGUCUUUAGUGUGAUACACACUGAAUUGUUUCACAAAUAACUCUACAAUAUCUUAUUUUACAGUGCUUCAUUUCAAUUCGUUUUUUACUUUUAAUAAACCAUGAAGCGGAAUUGGUCCCAUCAGAGCCGGUAUACCGAACGGGGACACAGGGCUUGUGCCCCGGGGCCCAGACCUUCCUCAACCAAAUUUCUAUUAUUACAUUUUUUGGGGUUGUGGGUCAGUGGGCCCCCCAGAUAGCAAAUAGUGUAAAAUUACAGGAAAUUAGCUUUAAAACGGCAACAUAUUCUCUUUGCCUCAUGAUAAAAUGUGUAGAAGGAGGGAGGAGUGCCUUGAGGUCGGUGCCCCAGGGUUCCAAAUGCAGUAGUCUGGCCCUGGGUCACAUGGAUACUUGAAUUGGAUAUGUUUCAUGGUGAGUAGGUAUGAGGUGAUCAAGGUGGAGAUCAUUAUGAUAUCCCAGGGUUAGAGUCAAUAUGGUUUACACACUCACACCACACCAGGCUAUACUAUACGUAUCUCCUUUAAUGUUCUUUAGUAUGUGCAAUAUUAAAAAAUAGACUUCUACAUCUGUCUAUGAAACUAGUCUGAGAAACUCAACCAGGCUGCAUGUCUCUGUGCUGUUCCAUUCUACACACACAGGGGAGGGUGUUUUAGGUGCCAAACUUCAUUACUGAUGUCUGAUUGCUGUUUCUAUGCCAAGUGUCACUCCUCACUUCAGACCAUGCAUUGCAGAUUUGAGCAGCAUCCAACCCAAUCAAUAUGUAAACCAUCAAGCUCAGUGAUUGGUUGGAUUGUAGGGAAGCUCUUGAGCCACAUGCUAUGGGUUAUAGGGUGCUUCAGUUCAAGGCUGUCCAACCCAUGUUCUCCUUGCAUGUGUUUAGUCAGUCACAAGUGAAAUCACAUGAUGAUCUUGUUUGUUUAGAGAAGGCUCCUGUCUACUGUGGUAACAUACCAUAUGCUGUGGCUGGGUCAUCCCAUGCUUUACGUUCUUAUGCUCUUCGUCGGUGUAUCUUUUAUUCAAGUCUGGCAUGACUGACAAUGUGUCUCUGCUACUUAGCUUAAUUAAGCAAUAUCAUUCCAUUACUUUUCCUAGGUGUGUUGUCCAUUGGCUCAGUGUUCACCUCUUGAAGGUGACAGGUGCUAAUUCCUCUGUUCUGAGCUCAUAUUUAAAAGUCUUUUAUCACGUUGUGGGUUUGUCUUUUAAUAUCUCUUUUCAAGAGAAGAAAAGGAUGCAUAAACUCAGUCUUAAGUUUAUUUGUUUAUACAAAUACAACUUCUGUUCUAUCAUAAAAUUAUAUUUAUUCAAAUGUCUAUUGAAAAAAAAAAAAUCUACUAAUGCCUGUAGAUCGUUAGACAAAAAGCUUAUUGCUGUAAAAUAAUUGCAUAUGAUAUGUAAGCUAUUGAUAAAUAUAUAUUUUUCCAUUUGCUUUGGAUGUCUUAAUAUAAUUUAUUAGCAUUUGAUAGUUUAAGAGGUUGAAUAUAAUUGUUUUCAGAAUGUAAAUUCCCUUAAUUUGAUCAAAUUAAUGACUCUCCAAUCAAAAACAGAGAUCACUGAUCAUGACAUUUCCCCAUUAAAGUUGUCAUUUUAUUUUGGAGCAUUUCUUGUCCUUACCUGCUAGGGGAUUCAAAACCUUAUGAAUAUUUGUACAUUGCACACGGUAGCGAACACUGUCACUGUGUUUACAUGUAUGUUUAUAAUAAUGCUGCGAUAUCUCAGAUGUCACUUGUAGGCAGCUAUAUGAUGUCAAAGUAGGAUGAGUUAUAGCUAUGAGCACUCUAUGGAAUCCUGGAACUUUGUAUUUUGGAAUGUUGAACUUUUUAUUUUGGUAAUUACAAGUAUUUAAUAGAUUGAAUAAAAUACUGUACCAUAUAAUAA